AUGAUUCAUGUAACAGAAGGCCCUUUGAAUAUCGACCUGCUGCGUGAAAGCUAUCAGAACGAAUUUUUCAGCUACAUCGAUGCUCAACCUUCACCCAAGGUUAUAUAUUGGGAGAAAGAUCUGUUAGCCCAUAUGAGUUCUGUGGUAAACAAUUCUGAUUUGAAAAAACAUGGCGUCAUGAAUUCAUUUCUUCUCCAAUCUGCCAAAGAUUCCUGUUCUCCUUCAGCGUGUAAAUCUGUAGUAUUCAUUAUCAAUCCAAAAGUUAGUAUUGUUGACUCUGUACAAUCAUUUUUAGUAAGAGAUUCACAAUCCAAUCAAAGUGCUGGAAAGCAAUAUAGUAUUAUUGCCAUUCCAAGGAUUUCCCUUGCUUGUAAAAAUUUCUUAAAAGAAAAAAAGAUGAUCAAUAAAUUUGCUAUGAUAUCUGAAUUUCCUCUAACAAUAGUACCCGUAGAAUGUGAUGUUCUCUCAAUGGAAGAUUCGCAAUGUUUUGCUAAUUACUCCAUUUCCGAACGUCAAGAUGGUGUCUAUCAAUUUGUACAAGGUUUAAUGAGAUUUCAAUCAAUUUUUGGUCUGUUCCCAAAAAUUUAUGCUAAAGGUGAAAAAGCCAUAGGAGUGGCCAAAAUGUUACAGCGUAUGUCUGAUGAGGCCAAAGUUACAAAUGAACAUCAAACAUCUGUCAAUGCAUUAGAUGAAAUCGAAAGUCAAACUGAAUUAUUAAUUCUUAUUGAUCGAGCUGUUGAUCCUUUGACUCCUUUGUUAAAUCAGUUAACGUACGCUGGACUAGUUGAUGAGAAAUGGGGUAUACAUUUUGGUAUUUGUCGUCCAUGUCUUCAAACUGAUAAUGAAGCUUCUAAAAAAUUCAUACUCAAUUCAUCAGAUAUGGUAUAUGCUGAAAUAAGAGAUCAAAAAUUUUCUGAAGUUGGUUUAAUUCUAUCAAAAAUUACAAAAGAAAUAUCUACAAUUGUUACACAAUCCAAGUCAGCCAAAGAACUAACCGAUUUACGCAUUGCUGUUAGUCGAAUUCCCGAAAUUCGAUCAAAACAAUCACAGCUGGAGAUACAUACUUCACUUGCAGAAGAAAUACAAAAAUAUGUGAGCACUGAUGAUUUCCUAUCAAUUUUAAGAGCUCAGCAAGAUUUCAUUAAUGGCUACGAAACAGAUAAAGCACACCCUUUCAUUGAAGAAUGUAUCUUGAGAGGUGCACCUAUUGAAGAGGUUCUUCGUCUAAUUUGUAUUCAGUCAUUUUGUAAUGGAGGCUUAAAGCAACGACUAUUAGACUAUUAUAGAAAUGAAAUAAUACAAGUCUACGGUUUUGAGCAUAUUUUCACACUGGAUAAUUUGGAACGUGUAGGUUUGCUUUAUGAAUCUCCCAGUAGUUUAAUGAGUAGUAUACAAACAUCAAGUUUUACACCUCAAGAAAUGAUCAAUUCAAGAAAUAGUAGCUUAUCAUCUUCAAAAUUGUCAGCAAACCUAAAACAAACAAUUAUUAACAUAAGUACUAGUUAUAAUUCAGUACUAAAAGGAAAUUUACGUCUUGUUAUACCACCUAAUUCCAACUCAGUUAAUGAUUCUGAACAAGUAGUAUCUAGUUUGUUUUCCGGUUAUAUCCCUAUAUCUAUUCGCCUUAUUCAAGUAUGGACAAAUGAUUGGUAUCCUAAACCUAAUCUAUCAUUAACAAGUAGAGGUAUAACAGAUCAAACUACUCUUACCGGUGGCAGUUCGGGGUCUUUUUUACUGUCUAAGGCUACACGUAUAGUUUCAGGCCUUAGAUCUUCGGAGAAUUUGGAAAUGUCUGUGUUACCGAUGUUUAAUGAGCGCAAUGCAUCCGAAUUCAACAGUCAUACAACAUCAACUCCGACGGUACGAAAAACUAGUGGUUUUUUUCCUAACAAUUCGUCGACUGCAACUUCUAAUCGUACAACAUCUUCAUUGUCUAACUUAAUUUGUGCUCCGGAAUUUACAGUACAACUACCAGUUAGAGAUGAAUUGCCUUUCACGUCCAAAAGCGGUUGUUUAAAUAUGGAGAAUCAUCCAAAUAAACCGCGUAUUGUAGUCGUUGGCUUUGUUGGCGGUGUGAGUCAUGCAGAAAUAUCAAUUUUAAGAACUAUAGCUGCUAGUGAAGAUGCGAAUGUUGAAUUCGUUGUUAUUACAACAGGAUUUAUCACAGCACAAUCAUUUAUUAGUUCAUUUUGUCAACCGGUUAAAUCAACUAAUUUGAUUCCUUUUUAA